AUGGAACAAACUUUACAGGACACUUUGGAGGGGGGCGAUGAGACUGUUCAGCAGCAACCCCCUCCACUGAAACCCACGUCUUGUGGGGAAAAAUCUCUUCAGGAAAAACUGUAUGACAUUUAUGUGGAGGAGUGUGAAAAGGAGCCAGAAGCAGAGGGCCUUCGAAGCAAUGUCAACUUGCUAGAGAAGCUUAUGAAGAGAGAGCCAUUGCCAUGUUUAGUGGUCAGCCUGUACCCAGAAAACCAGGACUAUUCUCUCAUGCUCAAGGAUAAAGAUGGAGUCCUUAUAGAGCCCUAUCCAGGGCCGUAUGUAGGACAGAAACUGCUUGAAUAUUUGGAUGCUGAAGAGUUACCUUCCUUUCUGAUUGAUAUUCUGGAAAAGUCUCCUGUGAAUGUUUUUCACAGUGGCUGUGUCAUAGCAGAAAUCCGAGACUACAGGCAGUGUGGUGACAUCUACCCUCCCGAGGAGCCUGCUGCAGAGGCUGCUGUGUCCUCUCCUGCUUGCCAAGUCCGGCAUAUUCUCUUACGUCCAACGAUGCAGUCUCUAGUAAGCGAUGUCGAGUCCAUGACAAGUGACAGCAGUCAGUGGACCCAGGAAGCAAAACAGGAGCUUGAGAGCCAACUGAUCUUAGCUACAGCAGAGCCACUGUGUCUGGAUCCUUCUGUUGCUGUCACCUGCAUGGCCAACAAAUUGCUGUUUAAUGAGCAGAAGAUGAACACUAACCCCAUGCGGCAAUGCUUCAAGAGGCAUGCAUGCCCCUCUCUGGAUCAAGAGGAGGUACCAUCUGGGUGUUCUUGUCCCCCUGACUUAAUGACAACCACUCCUUGCAAAAAGCAGGCAAAAAUAAGUCCAGAUAACCCAUCUGACCUGCAGAUUGAUGGAACAGAAACAUGCAACCAGAGUCCCUGUGAACUGACUGUGCCUUCAGAGAUGGACUUGGAGAGCUUUGUUAAAGAGUUGCUAUCUCUGCCCUUUGAUGAGACUGAACCAACCAUCUCAGCAAUUCCUGAGGUAAAAUAUGAUUGUAUGUUUGAUUGUGAGGAUGACAGUCAGCUAUGGGAUAGGAAUGAAGAUAUCAUGGAGUGCCUUAAUACGCUUCUCAAUGAGGAAAUAGAGCCACUUCCAGAGGGCAGCAGUGCUAACGCCAUGUCUCUCCCUCCUGUUGCCCUGGGUGAUUAUUCAGAUGAUUUCCUGACAGGGAUAAACACUGAGCCAAGGAAGACAGUGCCUAUGUGCCAGGAGGCUGUCCAGAGCCAAGCUAGUUGUCCCAGCAAGAUGACACAGGGGUCCAGUAGCUCAGGCCCCUCAUCUCUCAGGUCCGUCACACCAGAGGCCAGGCGAGACCCGCCUCCUGCUCCUCAAGCAGUCAGGGUGGUUCAGCGGACCACUGUGGGAAUGAGCAGAGUUCCUCCAGCUGGCCAACCCAGUGCUAGGUCAUCAGAAAACAACCCCAAGAUCCAGCCCCCCACUUGGACCACUCGUGUUCGCGUGAUCCGUUUGCUGCAACCACCCAGCGCCCCUGUCCCCCAGCAGCCACAGCCAGGGCCAGCAGCUUCCUCCCAAGGGUCUAAUCCUCAGCAGGUGUCCUUGCCAGAUCAGCAAACUAGUCGCCUUAACAGUGAGGGGCCCAGAGUGGUUCAACAGACCCAGAGGUCUGUGGUGUUUCGGGUGAGCUCCACCCCACAGAGCCACAGGCAGAAUGUUCGGGCCCAGGGCUUCCAGGUCUCUGCUAUCAUGGUCCGGCAGGGGCAGAGGCAGGGGCAGACCCAGAAUGUGCAUGUGCGAAUCAUACCACGCAUAGUGACUGUGUCCAGAGCAGACAUUCGGUCCUAUGCACAUUUGGCCUCCUUCAAGCCCGCUGGUUCCAGUGGCCACCAGAGUGACAGCGAGCAGACGGGAGCAUCCUGGACAACGCCAGGAGUGGAGCCUGCACUCGAAAGAAGUGACAUGGUCCAGUGA